UUCAGUUUAGCUCAUUUCAGUAAAUCAGAACAAACCCUAAAUUGUAUGAUCGGUUUUCUUGGGUUGUGACUGGAACCUUGUGCUCGCACUAUUUGCUCUACAUACAGCUUCUGGCCCAGGGGUGGAUACAGGUUGGGUUCAAGUGGGUUCAUUGAACCCACUGAAUUUUUGAAAAAAAAUUAAAAGUUUUUUUUUUUUUUAAAAAAAAAAAAAAGAAAAAAUGGAUAAAUACAAUAUCUUUACACUAAAUAUCAACAAAACAAUGUUCAGCCUAGUGGCGAUUUGUCAUCAGCUUCAGUCAUUCCCCCAAAUUAUUUCCCCCAAAUUCGAAAACCCUAACUCUGUAACUCACCUCCCUGCCUCUCCUCGUCUCCUCACCUCCACGCCACGGCUCCACCCCACCGGCCACCGCGGCACGCCGACACACCACUCACGGUUCCUCCUGACUGCUCCUCCACGGCUCCACCACCUUCCCAACAACCCAACGAGUAAAGGAGUAAGUUUGCAAAUGAGUUUAGAGUCUUUUUGGAAACGUGUGGGGAAGUCACAAAAAUCCUCUACUUGUUCUUCACCUAGUUCAAGGGAUCCUCUUAUAGAAGAAGAUGAUAUUGAGUCUCCGAAUGAUGAUGCAAUUCCUGUGGCUGCUUCCAUUCCAACCCCUGAGAGCACACCUCAAACUUGUCAAAGGGAGAACAAUCCAAAUGCUAGUGUUGAAACUGAUGAUACUCGCAUUUAUGAUGUUGAUCUUCUUCCACAUGACCCUGGGAAGAGAUUCCAAUUUUGGAGUAUCCUCUUAAUGAUCAAGAUGCUGUGAGGAGAGGUUAUAUUACAAUGAAAUGUUGUGCUCCACGAACACAUAAUUUCCCUCGAAGACAAAUAGGAGGUAUGCGCCGCUUUAUUGUUGCUUGGUUUGAUAAAUAUGAUUGGCUUGAAUAUAGUGUUGAGAAGGAUGCAGCUUUCUGUUUUGUGUGCUAUCUGUUCAGGGAUAAAGAUACUCAUAUGGCUGUUAAUGAUAACUUUGUUAAAGGGGGGGUUUAGAGGAUGGAAUAAGAUUGGUAGAUUUGAUGUUCAUGUGGGUGGUAUUGGUAGUUUACAUAAUGAAGCUAAUGAGAAAUAUAAAAAUUUCAUUAACCCAAAGACAUCUGUUGCUGAAUCUUUUUGCACUUACUCCUCGAAAGCUAAACUUCAAUACAAAUCUCGAUUGACUUAUUCUUUGAAAUGCAUUAAGUUUCUUUUAAGUCAAGGUUUAGCUUGUCGUGGGCAUGAUGAAAGUGAAGAAUCUUGGAAUAGGGGUAAUUUUUUUGCACUCUUAACAUGGCUUGUAGAAAAUAAUAGUGAUGUUGCAAAGGUUGUUCUUAGUAAUGCUCUUGGAAAUAAUCAAAUGACUUCUCCUUUAAUUCAAAAGGACCUCAUUAACUCUUGUGCCAAAGAAACCACUAAACUUCUCAUUGAUGAUAUUGGGGAUGAUUAUUUUGGGAUACUAGCUGAUGAAUCUAGUGAUAUAUAUCAAAAGGAACAAAUGGCCCUUUGUUUACGUUAUGUCAAUAAAAAAGGGAAGAUAACUGAGAGGUUUCUUGGAAUUGUACAUGUAAAGGAUACCACUGCUUUGUCACUAAAGAGUGCAAUUGAGUCUUUGCUUAUGGAGCAUUCUUUGAGUUUGUCUAGAGUUCGUGGACAAGGUUAUGACGGUGCUAGUAAUAUGAGGGGUGAGAUAAAUGGCCUCAAGACUUUGAUCAUGAAUGAAACAAAACAAGCUUAUUAUAUUCAUUGCUUUGCUCACCAACUUCAAUUAACCCUUGUUGCUGUUGCUAAGGAUAAUGAUGAUUGCAUUUGGUUAUUUGAUCAACUUGCUAUUUUGUUGAAUAUUAUUGGUGUUUCUUGUAAGAGAAAGGAAAUGAUAAGAGAAAUUCAAUCUCAACAUGUUCUGGAAGCAUUAGAUCUAGGAGAAAUUGAAAGUGGGCAAGGUUUAAACCAAGAACUUGGUUUAGGUAGGCCUGGUGAUACUAGGUGGGGGUCACAUUAUAAAACUGUUUCAAAUGUUACCUCAUUGUAUUCUACUAUUGUUAAAGUUCUUGAGAAGGUUGGAUCAAAUAAGAUUUAUAAGGAUGAUCGUGUGAAGGCUAUCACUAUUAUGUCUACAUUUGAAUCAUUUGAAUUUGUUUUCAUGAUACAUUUGAUGUCUGAAAUAUUUGGCCAAACUGAUAUACUGUGCCAAGCUUUGCAAAGAGGGGACCAAGAUAUUGUUAAUGCCAUGGCAUUUGUAACAUUAACUAAGGAGCGAUUGCAAAAUAUGAGGGACCAUGGGUGGGAAGACUUUUUACAUCUUGUAAUUUCUUUUUCUGAUAAGUAUAAUGUGGAAGUACCUGCUAUGGAUGAUAUGUAUGUUCCUCGUGGAAGAUCGAAACGCUUCUUUGCCAAAGUUUCUAAUCUCCACCGAUUUCGGGUAUAAAUGUUUAUAAGUGUCAUUGAUUUACAACUCCAAGAGCUCAAUAAUAGAUUUGAUGAGGAAAAUAUGGAGUUGCUUAUUUGUAUAUCAUGCUUAAAUCCGGUCAAU